GCCCCCGCCCGUGCGCGCUGGCAGCCUGGGGAGGCGUGUGCUGCUCCUGCAGCCAGCUAGAGAGCAAGACUGGGAUGGAUACUGGAGAAGGAAUGCAGGCUUAACAAGUGAUCGCUGCUGUCUAGGAUUUUGAGUCUUUUUCGGAGAACCUUGACUUCCGUUCCCAGUCCAUGUCUGCUGUGCCGAACUCCAGAGGAACCAGAAAUCUCCGGGGUCUACCUUGGGGCGUCCCCAAUCUCCACCUCUGGGCUCCAGUAACGAGGACUCUGCGAUACCCCCUAGCCCCCUGGCCAAGACAACCAAACUUGUUCGUGGAUAUUUGGGAUCUUCCACCUGCCAAACCUGGGCGAUUUUUUUGUACUGCGCCCCCACCCCCAAUGAUUCUGCCCCUCCUCCAGCUGUUGCAGCUUGGAAAAGGGGAAACAAAUCACCGGGGGGAUUUUUUUUUUUGGUCUAUUUUUAUUUUUCGCACUUGCUGGGAAUGGUGAAGUGCUUCUUGUGAAUGAUUCUAGCCAAAGGAUGCUCUUCAUUUCCUGCUUUCUAUGGAGACCUCAGUGUUGAGUUUGCCUCUGCUGGAACUGCGUCUACCACCUUCUCUACCCUCCAAGGUCUUUGCUUCUAUCUACAACCUGGCAUUGUCUGUGGGUCCAUGAAGGCUUGGAUGACCUUAGAGGGAAGGUCUGGGAGUCCACCCUCAUAGACUAAGCAGCAAUGGCUGGGCAUAUUUUAAGCCACAUUUUAACAUGGGUCAAGCCAUCAGUAGAAGGCAAGUGCUAAGACUAAAGACUUAUUUGAAUUUUAUUUAAAUUAGAUGGACUGGGCCUUGGACAAAUUCCAUGCAAGGAAAAGUAUAUUUCAUUUUCUAGGCACAACUUCUGACUGUCAGAUACUUGCUGUCUUUGAGUCUUGUGGCGUCAUCACCGGACAGCAUCUCAGACAGACUUCCAGAUUUGAACAUCUACCCCCCAAAACGUAGGUGUAUGGGAGACCACAUCAUUUCAUGACUUAUGUUUGAGGAACACUAGGCUGUUGUCUAGACGAGGCAAGCUCUGGAAAGCAACGCUGAGUCUCUGAGAAGAGGGAGCAUAGGCUGUGCUGAUUUAAAAACAGAAAAUGCAAAGUUGGACUGAAAAUAUCCCAAGUCUUCUAAGCAAUCUGCUUAAGGCUUCCAAACUUACCUUAAUUUGGUAAGAAAAUAAGCUGCCCUAUUUUUCUUUCUUCUUCUCUUACAACUGGAAGCAGCCAUUUCCCCAAAUCACCACCAUGGAAGUGGCGAUGGUGAGUGCCGAGAGCUCAGGGUGCAACAGCCAUAUGCCUUAUGGUUAUGCAGCCCAGGCCAGGGCCCGAGAGCGGGAGAGACUCGCUCACUCCAGGGCAGCUGCAGCUGCUGCUGUCGCAGCUGCCACGGCUGCUGUUGAAGGCACUGGGGGUUCUGGUGGAGGCCCCCACCACCAUCAUCAGACACAUGGGGCCUACUCCUCCCAUGAUCCUCAAGGUAGCCGUGGAAGUAGGAGGAGGAGGCGUCAGCGAACUGAGAAGAAGAAACUCCACCACAGGCAGAGCAGUUUUCCACAUUGCUCAGACCUGAUGCCCAGUGGCUCUGAAGAGAAGAUCCUGAGGGAGCUAAGUGAGGAAGAGGAAGACGAGGAGGAGGAAGAGGAGGAGGAGGAGGGAAGGUUUUACUAUAGUGAAGAAGACCAUGGGGAUGGGUGUUCCUACACAGACCUGCUGCCACAGGAUGAUGGGGGUGGUGGCGGCUACAGUUCAGUCCGCUACAGUGACUGCUGUGAACGUGUGGUGAUAAAUGUGUCUGGUCUGCGCUUCGAAACCCAAAUGAAAACUUUGGCCCAGUUUCCAGAAACUCUGUUGGGAGACCCUGAGAAGAGGACUCAGUACUUCGACCCUUUGCGCAAUGAGUAUUUUUUUGAUCGGAACCGACCCAGCUUUGAUGCCAUUUUAUAUUAUUACCAGUCAGGAGGCCGCCUGAAGAGACCAGUCAAUGUCCCCUUUGAUAUCUUCACCGAGGAGGUGAAGUUCUAUCAGCUGGGAGAGGAAGCCCUGCUCAAGUUCCGGGAGGAUGAGGGCUUUGUGAGAGAAGAGGAGGACAGAGCUCUGCCAGAAAAUGAAUUUAAAAAACAGAUUUGGCUUCUCUUUGAAUAUCCAGAGAGUUCUAGCCCUGCCAGGGGCAUAGCCAUUGUAUCUGUCCUGGUCAUCUUAAUCUCUAUUGUCAUAUUUUGCCUGGAAACCUUGCCGGAGUUCAGGGAUGAUAGGGACCUUAUUAUGGCCCUCAGUGCAGGCGGGCACAGCAGAUUGCUGAAUGACACCUCGGCACCCCACCUGGAGAACUCAGGGCACACAAUAUUCAAUGACCCUUUCUUCAUCGUGGAGACAGUGUGUAUUGUGUGGUUUUCCUUUGAGUUUGUGGUUCGAUGCUUUGCUUGUCCCAGCCAAGCACUCUUCUUCAAAAACAUCAUGAACAUCAUUGAUAUCGUCUCCAUUUUGCCUUACUUCAUCACUCUGGGCACUGACCUGGCCCAGCAGCAGGGGGGUGGCAAUGGCCAGCAGCAGCAGGCCAUGUCCUUUGCCAUCCUCAGGAUCAUUCGUCUGGUUCGAGUAUUCCGGAUCUUCAAGCUCUCCAGACACUCCAAAGGCCUACAGAUCCUGGGCCACACCCUAAGAGCCAGCAUGCGGGAACUGGGCCUUCUUAUCUUUUUCCUCUUCAUUGGGGUCAUCCUCUUUUCCAGCGCUGUGUAUUUUGCAGAGGCGGAUGAACCCACUACCCAUUUCCAAAGCAUUCCAGAUGCGUUUUGGUGGGCUGUGGUAACCAUGACAACUGUGGGCUAUGGGGACAUGAAGCCCAUCACAGUCGGGGGAAAGAUUGUGGGGUCCCUGUGUGCCAUUGCGGGUGUCUUAACCAUUGCUUUGCCUGUGCCGGUGAUUGUGUCUAACUUUAACUAUUUCUACCACAGAGAGACUGAAAAUGAAGAACAGACCCAGCUGACACAAAACGCCGUCAGUUGUCCAUACCUACCUUCUAAUUUGCUCAAGAAAUUUCGGAGCUCCACUUCUUCUUCCCUGGGGGACAAGUCAGAGUAUCUAGAGAUGGAAGAAGGGGUCAAGGAAUCGUUAUGUGGAAAGGAGGAGAAGUGUCAGGGAAAGGGAGAUGAGAGUGAGACAGAUAAAAACAACUGUUCUAAUGCAAAGGCUGUGGAGACUGAUGUGUGAAUCGCUCCUCUCCACCUGCCACUGCCACCCCCAUCUCCAAAUAUAUUCAUACAUAGAGAAUGCAGUUAUGAAAAUGAGAUAUGCAAACGAUUGCACUGCAUACAGUAAUACGCUGUUUAAUGGUAAUACAUGGCAUAAUUGUGACUAAACGUGUAUUGCAUAUCAAAUAAAUGAUCCAUCUUGGAGAAGAGGGAGGCAUUAAAAACAGCAGAUCUAUCUUUAUAUUUUUUAAUAGAAUGCAAGAAUUUUGCACAUAAUGGGAAAAAUGUUAAUAGUAAAGGUGGUUCUGAGGAGAGUGAGUGUGUGUGUGUGAGAGAGCGAGCGAGCGAGAGAGUGUGUGUACAUGGGUGUGUAAGUAAAUUGUCAACACUGUUGGGAAUUGUGCCGUGAUGGGAAAAGUUGGCAUUCUGAAGUAUUUACUAUGUAAGAACUAAUGAAUUUGAGCAGUCUUUUACCAGUGUUUUAAUAACAUCUCCUAUGUCUUUGGAUUCUGUAGUUGUUUUUUAGAAAUUAUAAGAAUUACUGUGUAGAAAAAAGAGAAAGUAAAUUAUUUAAUAGAAUAUAGGUCACAAUUUAAUCUUGGAUUUAAUUAAAGUUUAUUUUUAACUGGAAAUUAACUUUUGAAAAGGCUGCAGGGGCCUUUAGAAAUUGAUUAUAUUUUAUUAUUAAUUUUGGGGAGAUAUAAUAGCAAAUGCCUAACAUUGUGGAGGAAAUGUAACAAGUUUUGUUCACAGGUCUUAAGACUGGCUUUUGUUUUCUUUUGCACUACUUUCUAUGCUGAAGCCCGAGAGAGACUUCCUACUGCGAAUGUUUACUUAUGCACCAAUCAGUUCAAUGACAAUCAUUGGAAGAAUGGGUUCUUCGUCUCAUUUAUCGUUCUUUUCCUUUCCUGAGACUAAUGACCACACAGAUAACAGCACAUGAUUCCUGCUUUAAAAUCCGAACAACUGAUCUACAAAGGGACUAUGAAGUAACGUUCAGCAGCUGAAUCUUUUGAAAUUGGUUUGUUACGAUGAUGCUUCAGAAACCAUACUAUUUUCAAUACUCUUCUGCCUUUUAAGUCCAGAAUAAUUUAACCAAAGUUAUUGCAUGCACAGAGAGAAUUCUUGGAGAAAUAAGGCACCCAGCAGCUACAGCAAUUAUGGCUUAAGAUCUUUUUAUUAAAUAUGCAACAAAAUGCUAGAUUUAAGUCCAUUUUGUGUCUGUGUGUGUGUGUGUGUGUGUGUGUCUGUGUGUGUGUGUGUGCAGCUGCAAAAACAAAACAGAACACGAAAUGUGGGGAUUCGCCUCGAAUGCUAAAGCACUCUGCUAAAUCAGAGCUAGGGAAGAAUGGUUUUAGAACAUUUGGUUUCUCAAUGGUCAUUGUAAAUCAUUAUCAUCUUUAUCAUAGGGGCUUUCUGAGGAUUACACUUCCAUUUACCUCACAAUAGCUGUUCCUGAAUUUGGAGCAGGAACAAGGAAUGCACCAUGAACAACUGUAGCACCAUGAAAUGCAGCCCAGAACACUCAGUAUAAACACAUAGGAGGCAUUACUAUACAAUUCAUUAAGACAAAACAAAAUCUUCUUUAUAAAUGGUUGCCCUGAGCAUUGGGAAGAAAUCCCAUGUCCACUAUUUCUGUCUAUAGCAAACGUGAACAAAACCCAACAAACCAAAAACAAACAAAAAAGAAACACCUGCUCACCCUUACUUGUCAGAUUUUUCAAAUGCUUUUGGUCCAGGAAAUCACUGGAUACGUUUUACCUCUCCUUUAACAGUAUUUGAAAUGAAAAGAAUUCUAGUAAAUCAAUAUCUUUGUUCCUAUCUUUUCUCUACACUUUGCUAGAACUCCAUCUGGAGAUGGGAAGGCAGCAAGCAGUGGAGGUGAUUGAAGAACUCGGUGCCACCUUGUGAUUAGGACUCCAAAGAUGAUAUUCUGAUUCUAAUACAUUAUUGUAUGAGAAGAGUGUAGUGAGAGUCUGACAGGCAUGGCCAUAAUCCCUUCACAAUACUCACUGAAACGUGUUUACACCCCAUUUUUUUUUUAUGAGUAGAAAAUCAUUUUAAAUCAGAGGAAUAGGGAAACAGUAAGAGGGAAGCUUGGGAACCUGAAAUGUCCAGUUUCGUGCAAAUACCUGAUAUGAUAAUUUCUCCAGUACAGCCCAUUUAUUUAGUAUUUUAUGAAAAUAACAGUAAUAGUUUGUGACAAGGAGGAAAAAUCAUCCUGAAUUUCUUUGUUCUUUGUUUCUUUGACAUUUCCUUCCUAAAUCAGAAAAGUUGUAUUAAAUUUAUUUGAUGAUAUAGGUAUUAAUAAUUCUCAGACUAUAUGAGUUACAAAUAAUUAAGAAUCCUAGGGCUUCCCUUAUCUCACAGAGUGGUUUGUCGUGGCUUGUUUGUUUGGAAACUGAUGGAAUUCCUAUUCAUGUGCUUUCAUUCCAAAUAUUAUUAGAAUGUCAUUCAAAGUGUGUUUUCCUCUAUGCAAAAUGCAUUUAUCUUAGAGUGUGUGCAUUGAUUCUACAUUGUGAAGAAACUUCAAAGCCCCCUUGCCUUGAGUUUGGGCAUUUCUGCAUGAAGUACUUGUUCAUGUGAAAGUUGGGUGUUCAGUACAGCUUUGAGUUAACAGCCAAUUCUGAAGUUGAAGCUAUUCAAGGUACUUUGGAACCCUUUGUGAAGAUUUCCUACUGGGGAAAAUGCUGCUGUAUAAACUGAUUUAGGAAACUGUAUUUUCUUAGAUGCCAAUAAGUAGGUUUGAAAUACAUACAGGUUCACCAUACAGGGAAGAAAAAAGGAAAGUGAUCCUAUUCAAAAUCAGGAUGCUUGAGGACAGAGGUACUUUUCAGAUGUCAUUAGAUACAUUCUUCUUUUUGCAAAUGGCUAAUAAAGGAAGCAGAGAUGCCCAGUGGUUAUGGGGAAGAAAGGAGGGAUAUAUUGGAUAUAUAUGCCUUUUAUUUCUGUGAAAGGGAGCUGGUAGGUGCCAGAGGAGUGACAUCUAGUUCAGGGUAUCAUGAGAAAUGGUGGUUAACUGUUGGUGGUCUAUGUCAUUUGAUUCUUAGGGUUCAUUAUUUCUUUAUUUUCAUUUUAAAUUGAAAACUGGAAUGUUGGGGGUACAUUGUUAUUCGGUUGCUUUCAGUAGCUGAAUUCCACCAUGGAGUUGAUAUGACUAUUUUGGUUUAACUAAACAAACUAAACAUCAUCUGUAUAGCUUAGGUAUUUUUUUUUUAAGUAACAACAACAUAAUAUUUGUAAUCACUGUUAGAUUAACUGAAAAAAAACAGGAGUUGGAGAAUUUUAAAAUAUAACCCAAAAUGAAUGAAUAGAAUGUAUUUUGAAGCUCUUUAUUCUACAAUCUUAUAAAGGAAAGGGACUCAAUUAGUACAGAAUACCUCCUCUGUCUCCAGUUGAAUAAAUACAGUGAAGGUUGGUAAGUAAAUAUUUUUAUUUCUUGCUUUGUUGAAGAACAGUGUUGUCAUAGUGUUUUGACCUAUGCUGGGAACUCAUUUUAUGCUUGGACACAUGUAGUAAUUCUCAAAUUCUUUUGCAUUCCUUGUCAAGUUUAUGUUACAUAGGACCAUUGAAGCUUUAUAAAACAAAACAAAAACCCUUUUCAUUAAGCAUGCAUAUGUUUAAACAGAACCCAGACUAUGAAUAAGAUAUAACAAAAGAAAAUAUACAGAGUUAACAGAUACAUUGUUCUAGUUCAUAAAAAGUCAUUACUAAUUAAUAGGAAAUAAUUUUCUUCUGAUUUAAAUAAUAGCGGCUCCCUGCUUUUCAAAAGAAUCAGAAAUGGUCUUGCCCAUUGCUAGUUGGCAGGGUAGUGGUGUAUCUGUCACAUUAAUGUUAUUACUAAGUUAAACUGGAAAUGUAUGCAGGUUUGCUUUUUUUCAUUUUUCAGUGCUCCUGUGGUGAUGUGCUCAUGUGCGCCAUGCCUAGUGUAACAUCCCUUUUUGUGUCUUUUUUGUUUUAUUGAUGCAGUUUAGAAUGGUUAUGGGCUGUCAUUCAGUGACAAAAGUGCCUGUUCCAGGAAAUCUUCUUGACCCAAAAGUCAUUCUGAAUUCUGCAAGGGACAUUUGAUGUGGACAAAAGGUACCUCUUGGCUUUCCUGCUGAAAAGAAACUUGAUUCUAAGUAUAGAAAUUUCCAGACCAAUGUAACUUUCCUAGGUUAGACCACGAUCUUGCUUUCUAAUAAUGAGAUCUGAAUUCCUAUUUGAAAGAAGGCUGAUGGAGUAGUUUUUGUUCAAGAUCAAAGGAGCUAAAGCUAUUUUUUGCAGUAAAUGGGAAUAUGCACUUCUAAAAAGUAAAUUAAGAUUAGGACUUGUGAUAGGAAUUUUAUUUCUGGCUUCGUUGUCUGUUUCCAUAGCAGUCCUGAUUCCUCACAGUAUCUUCUUCAUAAAAGUAUGCUAAUAUGUAUCAGGCCAUCUGGCCCAAUUUGAGGUUCCGAAAAUUCAAUCAUUUUGGGGGGAAGGUAGAAAGAUAAAAUCCAGCCAUGACUUGGUUGCUUUGAAGAACAUACCACAUGUUCAUCAGCUGAGGCUCUAAGGGAGACUCAAGCACUCUGCAUUCAGGCUUUAGAAUCAGAGUAGAUUUAGAAGACCAAUUCAGUGAACCUGAAUGCCGCCUUAUCAUUGCUGGAAACUGUUCUCUAAUGAGUGAGCCAUAGUGGGAAUGACCUAAGCUUUAGUUUGUAUUCAUUUGCUGUUGGUUACUGGAGUUCUGAAAUGUGAAUGUGUAUGCAGUCACCAGCAUCUAAAUGACUUUGGUAUUUGAUCUAGAAUAGUUAAUUAACUCUGGCUUUCUGACCUGGGAAUGACCUAUUUCGCAGAUUACUCAAAGUUGUUGUUGUUGUUGUUGUUUUUCUUGGCCUGCCUUUACCCAAGCUCUGGAUUCAAUUUCCUAGAGAUACAUGGACAUUUUGUGAAAAUGCAAAACCCUAAUAUAGUGAUACAGUAUGCAAAUCUGAACAUAGUGUCACGUGCCUUGAAUCUUAGCACUUGAGAAGCUGAGGCAGGGAGAUCACCAGUUCAGGACCAACCUGAGUGACAUGAGGGGUUUCAGAGAUACAUAUCAAAACCAAAACCCAGUGUUAACAACAACAACAAAAACAACAACAGCAGCAGCACCAAAAAUUAGAAAAAUAAGCAAACUCUAAUUGUGUGGCUAAGUUUGGUGAGCCAGUGCAAGAAAUUAUUCAGGGCUAAAUAUGAAAUACACAGAGCAGUUUUGUCACAGUUCCUGUGGUUUUCUGAGAUAAUGAGGUGGUGACUGUCACAGAGGUUGGUGGAAAACAGAAGCUAUUGACAGAUGAAAUCUGCAGGUUAAUGUUCUUUGAAAUGUCAGGUGACGUGUCAGCAGUAUUAUUAACAGUCCUCUAAGAAAACCCAGUACUUAUAGAAGAUGGUCUUUCCUCUUCUAGAUAUGCAUAAAUGUGCCUGAUUUUAAAAUUUUCCAUGUCCCAAGAGAGCAAACACAUUUCUGUCCAUAAGUUCUUGAGUUGCUGCUUAUUGAGGCUCUGUCACUUCUAUAAGCAAUCAAAGCAGUCACGCAAGUCUGCGAGUAUUAAUGGAAUGUGGGCCAAUGAGUUUUAUUUGUUUGAGAAUCAUCAUCUUCCCAUAUCAAACAUUUAUAUGUUUCAUGUAUUAUGUAUUUCUUUUUCUGCCUUUAUUAGGACAAAAUAUGUGUAAGCAAAUGAGCAGUCUGGGGUACGGCAAAAAGACAAUCUGAAGGGAAAUGAUGCAGUUUUCUAUUAGUAGAAAAAUAUGUAUUGUAAAAACAUGAUGAUAUUAUUUGAGUACUGAAAAAUCUUUCUUAAACUUUAGGUUGGAUUUUGUGUCUUAAACCUUCAAUGACAUUAGGAUUACCCUCUGAGAAGGUCUGUCGGGUCUAGACACAUGGCAUGUCAGUCUUAGGAAAAAAAAACUUGAUUUUUAUGAGACAUUUAAAAUGUUUAUUUUUGUGCACAUCCUUUCCAUUCCAUAAAAGAUGUAUUUGGAAGGAAAGGAACUGUGGCUCUACCUAGAAUUUUCUAGAAUUAGUCUUACCUAAAACUAUUAUCCGUCUGUGCUGUUUCUUCUGUCUGUGGCUUGACAUAUCUCCUCAAUUGUCUCAGCUUUAAUUAUAGCAUUAAAAAGCUUUAUAUUAUUGUUUCUGGAACAUGUCCCAAACUUCUCAUAGUCUCUGAAGGCAUUCACGUAAAAUAGUUGGAUAAUAUGGGCUCUUUUACAAGACCAGGUGGCAAUUAUCUGAACCCUUACUCAGUCAUGAUAAGGACCAUAUUAGAUAGCUUGGAAGAUACAUGCUGUUCUAUUUAUAAACUGAAUAUGCUGGUACUUGAAUGGAUUGGUGAUUUCCCCAAAGAACCCUCAUGGCGUUGAUAGCACCUGAGUGAGUCUUUCUUUUCCUUCUCAAUGGUAGGGAUCAUGAUCCAAAUGAGGCUUUCAGUUACUCUCAGGCAGAAUAGGAAAUAAUUAAUGAGGCUGUCUUUGGACUGAAGUCUGUGAAGAGGUUAUAGACUCCUUAGGGAAUGCCUUUGGACUAAGAUUUAUUUAUAUAUUUACUCGCCAUUUCUGCU